AGGGCGUGGCCUCUCUCGGCCAAGUCCCUCCCCCGCCCCUAUAAAUACGGCUUCACGGGCUCUUUGUGGGGCCAGGAGCUCGGUGGAGAGCGGGGAGCUCCAGCUGUUUUGCCGACGCCGCUGGCGGUGGGGUUGUCCCGAGAAGGCGGACGGCGAGCCCCAGUGCGCUCCCGUGUCAUCCUCGCUCGGGACGCAGGGACCGUUUUUAAAUCACAAGGGCGUGGGUCAGCCUCCCCUAGGACUUCAUGUCUGUAUAUUUCCCCAUUCACUGCUCCGAUUAUCUGAGAUCAGCCAAGAUGACUGAGGUGAUGAUGAGCACCCCAUCCAUGGAGGAGAUUGGCCUCAACCCCCGGAAAGAUGGCCUGUCCUAUCAGAUCUUUCCCGACCCAUCAGACUUCGAGCGUUGCUGCAAACUGAAGGACCGCCUGCCCUCCAUUGUGGUGGAGCCCACAGAGGGCGAGGUGGAGAGUGGGGAGCUCCGAUGGCCCCCCGAGGAGUUCUUGGUCCAGGAGGAGGAACAAGACAACUGCGAAGAGACAGCGAAAGAAAACAAGGAGCAGUAGAGUCCCUGCGGACACAGCCCCGUGGGGCCACACCAGCCAGCAUCCGUUCCUGAACUGUGUUUUUCCCAUCAUGAUGGAAGAAGAGAGCCACAGUAGUUCUGAGAAUGUCAGAUGAGGCUUCCGUUUUGCACCUGCAAAUCACCGAGUUGGUUUUCUUUUCUUUGCUUGUCUUUUCUUGAAAUCUGCCAAGCAGUGGAGCCCUCUAAGGACUUGCAAGGCCUGCUGAGAAAGGGAGCUGCUUGGAGGCAGGGGUGGGGGCAGGGAGAGGGGCAGUUUUUGAGAUCAUUAUCUGAACUCCAUGGCCAGAGACAGUGGUGGGACUCUAGUGGGCUCUGGGGCUGGGGUAUAGGAGAGUUGUAAAGUACGCAAGGAACAUUUGGAGUAAGAAAACACAAAGCAAAAGAGAAAAUACAUGUUUUUAAGAAAGCAUUGAGCAGAGAACUGCAGCCAGGAAGUGCUCAGCUGCAGGGGCAUCAGAAAACAGUGUUCAUCUCACUCCAGUUUUCCCCACCCCACCCUUUGCUCUUAUUUCAGAUGUUUUGGUCUGUGAUGGGGAGGAGGGUGAUGUCAGGAAAGGCAAGGCCUCCUGCCCCUCCCCAGGGCCUCUGCCCCCCCCGCCCCCCCCCCCCCCGCCAUGGUGGGCUCCCAGAGCCCAGGUGGCCAGGUGUAUAAGACGCAGUGCUUUUGAGCUUUCUUCCCUGACUUGUCCUUUUGUCUCCAGCACUUUGGGAAGUAGCAGAGCACUUCCUGCCCUUGCUGGAAGCCCCAAGGCAGACUUCUGCCCACCCAGGACUUGCUCUCAGAGUGGGAGCAGAGGCUGGGAAUGGCCGGGCUCACCUCCCUCCUCAGCGCCACCACCUUCCUGGCUGCAGCCAAGCAGAUGGGUUACCCUUUGCAUCCUAUGCCACCAGCCUGGCCGGCUGCAGUGCCCGCUCCCGUGACAGCUUUUGGCCUGUUUUUCCUGUGGAAGAUGUGUAGAGAGCCAAGGUGGCUUUUUCUGUUUCUAAUUGGGGAGGGGGCUUUCACGCAAGCCCCAUGAGCUGCGUGUCCUGAGCGUUUCUGCAUAGUGGUUUUGAACCUCGUGUAGCAGCCCUGGGAUCCAGUCUGAGACUGACUGAAGGGUGUCACGAGCCCUCUGGCUUCCCUCAUGUUGUUCCUGGACACAGGUGUAUGGCAAGGGGACUCUGCUGUCCUCGCUGAACGGUGGUCCUCCCGUCCCUCCCGACCCCCAAUGCCUGUUUCCUACAAGAUCACCAGUUGCAUGAGAUGAUGGCCUUUGGACUGAGAGCUGCUUGUAGUUAAGAAUCUUCUGGAGUAGCAGGUUGUAGGAAAAACACUUCAACCAUCUCAGAGCAGGACUGCAUGGCCAGGAGGUGGAUGUAGACCCUUGAGCCAACGAAGGCACCCACCGCAUCCCUCAGGUCCCCAGGCAGUCCAGUUGGCCCCAGUUUUGGACUUGUGUGUAUAGCUGCAUCUAAUACCUCAAGGGCAGUGUGGCUCUGGGGAAUAUUGGGGCAGAGGGCUGGGUGACAAGGGACACUGUUGACACAGCAGUCAGCAGGAUUCGGUUCUGGGAAGCUGAUGGUUGCCCUCACCCCUGCUUCCUCCCUCUGUCGUCUGCCUGUGUGACACACACCAACAAUGGCAAUAACUUCUUCCAGCUCCUCGCAGAUGUGGGAGAGGCCUGCCGCCUGCGCUGCGAGCAGGUUUCUCUCGGCUCCCCGCUUCAUUCGGUUUGGGCUGCAGAGCGUGGUUCGUCCCUACCCUCAUUCCCUGCCUCCCUUUGUGGACAGGGGGCUUGCCUUUUAAAACCCCGUGUUUUGGUGUCUCCCUCUCAUCUGCUCCCCUGGAUCAUCUGUCCCAGUCUUGCUGUGUGACGGGAACGUGCUUGUAAACCAUGUAACAAAUCUACUUUGUGUAUAUGUACGUUUAUGGGGUGGUUUGUUUUUGCCGGUCACUAGACCACUUUGUAUGACCGUGUGCAGUCUGAGCAGGCCAAGGGCUUACUCUCACGUUAGGACACCCCUGCAGCUGAGCCUGCCGGGGGUACCCAGCUGCUCUGGGACAAGUGGCUGAGCUCCUAUUUGGCCUCCUCUUUUUUUUUUUUUUUAAGCAACUUGUGUGUAUUUCUAACUGAUCGUAUUGAAAAAAAAAAUCCUAGUAUUUCAGUAUAAACGCCUGUUGUGAAAUGAACCUCCUGUAACUUCUAUCUGUUCUUUUUUGAGGCUCAGGGAGAAACUAGCAUUUUUUUUUUCCAAACUACUUUUUGUCACUGUGACAGUUGUAAAUAAAAGUUUGAAAAUGCUUUCCA